AUGGCAGUCGACGAAGACCACCGUCAACUCCAUUUUUUGUGUUUUAUCAACGAUCGUAGUUCCCAACUUGUAGCCCCCCAUGCUCCAUCAAAUCCUGAGUUUCAUCGAGUCGAGAGGGAUGGAGAAUUUGAACGCAGGUUCUUGUUUCAGUCGGGCAAAGCAGCCGCCAUAGGAUUGGCCAUCAAGUCAACAGCACGAGCAGUGUUGCAAGGUUUUACAGCCUUGUGUAUGGAUGAAGGAACGAUUUGGAGGUUCGCGACGAGUCCGGUCAGUUAUCAGCCUGGAGAGGGUUACUGGGUGUCAGCAGGAGCUUCGACUGUCGUUCAAAAUGCAGACACACCUGUGACCAAAUCGUCUGGGCGUCUACCUCCAACUUCGUGA